GCCAACAGACUUUCAGGAAACUGCGAAGGAGCGGUCGCAGCUUCUCCACGGCUCCUAACUGCAGUUUAAUAAGUUAAUAUAACUUAUUAAACUGCAGUUAUCUGGAGAAUACAGUGGAUCUCAAACAUAAUGUGAUGAAAAGGAAAAUGAAGCAGUUACUGGUUUUCACGUUUUUCUGUCUGAGCGUGUCCUCGGCACAAGACCAGAUAACCAUCAAAUCUGAGUCUGGAAAGACCGUUAUUCUGCCAUGUCGAGCUCCAAAUGACAACAAGAUCCUCACAGGUGUGGAGUGGAGCAGACCUGACCUGCAGCCAGAAUAUGUCCUUCUGCUCCGAGAUGGGCACAUUAUUUCAGACAACCAGCAACCUUCUUUUAAAGACCGGGCGUAUCUCCAGGACAGACGGAUGGAGGGUCGAGAUAUGUCUCUCAUACUGGAGAAUGUGUCGACUGCUGAUGAAGGAAGAUAUGAAUGUCAAGUCCUCACACCAGGAAGAAAACGUGAGAAGAGAGCUGUUGAAACCGUCAGCAUCAUCAACCUGAGAGUUGCUCCUCCUCCAGACCAGAAAAACAUCACUGCUGAGUCUGGACAGACGGUCACUCUGACAUGUCGAGCUCCAAACAACAGCAUCACAGUUGUAGAGUGGAGCAGAGCUGACCUGGAGCCAGAAUAUGUCCUUUUGUACCGGGAUGAUCAGAUUGACCCAGAAGAGCAGCAUCCAGCUUUCAAGAACCGCACGGAUUUGCAGGACAGACAGAUGAAGGAUGGAGACGUGUCUGUGAUUCUGAAGAACGUGACGAUUAAUGACACUGGAACAUAUGAGUGUCGUGUCUUCAUGAGAGGAACAAACCGCAGGAAGAGAGCUUAUCAAAAGAUUCAUCCCAUCAGCAUCAUCAACCUGACUGUUGAUCCUCCAGGUCCAACAGGAGGAACCACAGAGGAUGGAGGGAAGGAGGAUGGAGUCAGUAGAGGUCGUCCUGGGCUGAUAGUGAUUCUGUCAGUUCCUGCUGUGCUUAUUGCUGCUGCUGUUUUUGUUUUGAUUUACAGAAAACAUAAACAGCAGCGUCGGGAUUCAUACCAGCCUCCUUCUGAACUGCAGACUGUUUGA